CCACUCGGGAAGGGUAAGGGCUAAGCCUCUAUCCCUCCUCUUCCAUGCGAAAUGCCAACCGCUAGUUUUAAACAAAUUUGCACCUCCCCUUCUCCCCCUCGUGUUUCUUCCGUAUCACGUGGUUCGCCCCUUCCCUCGCUCGCUCUUUGACCAGUAAAAUUUCAAUGGCUUCCACAACAGCAACGUCGGCGAUGGCACGAAUUGCGUCCACGCCAAAUCUGAGUAAUUUGCAGUCAUCAUCAUCACCAUCUUCCAUACGCUUGGCGAUUUCAACGAGGAGAUAUAACCAUGCCUCCGCCUCCGCCUCCGCCUCUCUGCAACCGCUGCUACGCUCGUUAGUGUGCACAUCCAGCGCUAGUGUUAGGGGUGCCUUUAAAUCCAGCUUCUUCACCUCCGAUCACGAGUUGGCCUGCUCGAGUGUGGGCAAGAGCAAGAGCAAUGCAAGGCGGGCGAGUAAAGUGGUAUGCAUGGCGAAGAAGAGCGUGGGGGAUUUGAAGGAAGCCGAUCUAAAAGGUAAACGGGUGUUUGUGCGGGCAGAUCUCAAUGUGCCCCUUGAUGAUUCGCAGAAUAUCACCGAUGACACGCGUAUUAGGGCAGCUAUACCCACCAUUAAGUAUUUGAUCUCCAAUGGUGCCAAGGUCAUUCUUUCCAGUCACCUGGGCCGACCUAAAGGUGUUACACCAAAGUACAGCUUGAAACCUCUUGUGGCCAGGCUAUCAGAAUUACUUGGGAUCAAUGUAGUGAAAGCAGAAGAUUGCAUUGGAGAGGAAGUAGAAAAAUUAGUGGCAUCUCUACCAGAAGGAGGCGUUUUGCUUCUUGAAAAUGUCCGAUUCUACAAGGAGGAAGAGAAAAAUGACCCUGAAUUUGCAAAGAAGCUGGCUGCUGUUGCAGACCUCUAUGUUAAUGAUGCUUUUGGCACAGCUCAUAGAGCACAUGCUUCUACUGAAGGUGUUACUAAGUAUCUCCACCCAUCUGUUGCUGGUUUCCUUCUGCAGAAGGAACUUGACUAUCUUGUUGGUGCGGUGUCUGAACCUAAGAGACCAUUUGCUGCCAUUGUGGGAGGAUCCAAGGUCUCCUCCAAAAUUGGAGUUAUUGAGUCUUUACUUGCGAAGGUUGAUAUUCUUCUUCUCGGAGGAGGCAUGAUUUUCACUUUUUAUAAGGCUCAAGGACUUAAAGUUGGAUCCUCUCUUGUUGAAGAAGACAAGCUUGAACUUGCCACAAUCCUGAUGCAGAAAGCUAAAGAUAAGGGUGUUUCGCUCUUGCUACCAACAGAUGUAGUAAUUGCAGACAAAUUUGCUCCUGAUGCAAACAGCAAGAUCGUACCCUCUAGUGAGAUUCCAGAUGGGUGGAUGGGUCUUGAUAUUGGACCAGACUCCAUCAAGACAUUUAGCGAUGCUUUGGACACAACUAAAACUGUUAUCUGGAAUGGUCCCAUGGGAGUGUUUGAAUUUGAGAAAUUUGCAACUGGAACUGAGGCAAUUGCAAAGAAGCUUGCAGAUCUUAGUGGGAAGGGUGUAACCACAAUCAUUGGUGGAGGUGAUUCUGUUGCUGCUGUGGAGAAAGUAGGUGUGGCUGAGAAGAUGAGUCACAUUUCAACAGGCGGUGGUGCCAGCUUGGAACUAUUAGAAGGAAAAACCUUGCCCGGUGUUCUUGCCUUGGACGAAGCUGUUCCAGUAGCAGUUUAAGUCAUUAUUAGCAAUAUCAUAUUGCUGUUUUUCUAGAAGAAAUAUUAGUUUUAGCUGCGUGUUCCCAAAGCAGACAUAUCUCAGAUUGAGUGAUGCAAGUAUCCAAGAGUACGGUAUCUUCAAAUCGUCUAUGGCAAUCAUAUUUCCAGGAGCUGUUCAAUUGUUAAAUACUUUGCAAUUAAAUAGAAAUUUCAACCGUUUUCCAAAGUU